AGCCAUGAGAUCCACGCGAAGUCAUGCUCAACCUUGACCUUGACCCUUUCAGGCCCUUUAACUCGCCCCUGGCCGUUCAGAUAGCCAAGCGUAGAGUCGAAACUGAGUUCGCUGUGGUGGGCACUUGGGAGGAGACAAAUAUCACCUUAGCCGUGCUGGAGCACUAUAUACCCCGAUAUUUCGCUCGUGCCACAAUGAUCUAUAAGAUCUAUCAGGACAGUAUAAUAAAUCGCAAUCGGAACAAUCGCAAGCCCCAUGUGGAUGCGGAUGUCCGGGCUAUGGUCAGGCGAAACUUUACCCAUGAGUAUGACUUCUACUACUUCUGCAAGCAGCGUCUCUAUAUGCAGUAUAUCGCCCUGAAACGCACAGAGUUGGAGCGUUACUCACAUCCAUAAGUUCUCUUCUAAUUUUUUUUGACUGAAUUUCCUUUAGUUUUUGUUAGUUUCUCAGUAAUUUAUUAAUAAAAAACUCAAUAGACAUUGUUA